GUGCUGCUGGUGAACCCCGGCCUCGGGGACAAGCUGCUCUGUGGGGCCACCGACCAGCUCCUGGAAGGCCACGCGGCCCCCGAGGAGGGCCGCCUGCAGCCCGUCACGUGGGAGGAAGCCACGGAGGAGGAGGAGCGCCGCCUGGGGGUGCGGCUCAGGCUGAGCUUCGGGAAGCCCUUGAAGCAGGUGGCCUGGCACGGGAAGGGGGACUACUUUGCCACGGUGGUCUCGGACAACAGCCACCUGCAGGUGCUGAUCCACCAGGCCAGCAAGCGCUGGAGCCAGGCGCCCUUCCGCCGGAGCACGGGCCAGGUGCAGCGCGUCCUCUUCCACCCGCGGCGGCCCUUCUUCUUCGUGGCCACGCAGCGCUUCGUCCGCAUCUACCACCUGCUCAAGCAGGAGCUGACCAAGAAGCUGCUGACCAACUGCAAGUGGGUGUCCAGCAUGGCUGUCCACCCUGGAGGUGACAACUUGAUCUGUGGCAGCUACGACAGCAGGCUGGUCUGGUUCGACCUGGACCUCUCCCCCAAGCCCUACCGGGUGCUCAGGCACCACAAGGCAGCCCUGAGGGCGGUGGCCUUCCACCCGUCCUACCCGCUCUUCGCCUCCGGCUCGGACGACGGCAGCGUCAUUGUCUGCCAUGGCAUGGUCUACAGCGACCUGCUUCAGAACCCCCUGCUGGUGCCG